AUUCAAUGGAAAGUUCGAGCCAAAAAGAUGAACAAAAAGAUGUUCAAAAGGACUUAAUAACUAACAAAGCUCAAGUAAAUGUUCUGCAGGAAAAUGCUACAACUAAGAGUAUUCCUGCGAGCGAAGGUUUAGACUCAAUGCAACAAAAGACAAAUGAAGAUCAUAAAUUGUCUCCAAAAGAAGUGUAUGGAGAUCCUGCCCAUGAAAAACAAGACACAAAGAGAACCGAGAAAAGUAAAUCUAAAAAGAAGUGUAAUAAGAAAUUGAGAUCAAAGAGCAACUCCAGAUCAAGGUUUGUCUUAGAUGGAAUAAAGCAUUCCCAAUACGGUAUUCCUGACUAUUUUUAUAUAAAAAAUGGUAUUUCGACCACCAAGUUCAAGCGGUCUAAAGCAAAUAAGACCAUGAGAAAGCAUGAAAGACAAAGCCUACCUAAACUCAAAAAUACAGAAUCUCAAAAAGAAGAUAUAAAUGCUGAAAAGGCAAGAAAGAGGAUAAGAACAAUAAUAAUAGACAAUGUUGGCAAAGUGUUGAAGCUAAAAUAACAACAAAAGUUCUCUUUUAAAAUAUAUCAAAAAUAAACCCGGAUAUAGGGCUGGAAUAGCCAAGUACUCGAAAAAUAAACUCCUCGAAAACCCUUACUUAAUACCAACAAUAGAAAAUUAUACUGGCUUACAUAAAGAAAGUGAAACAAUCAAACUUCCCAGCCUGAACAGAAGUUCUCUAGAUAAAUCAGAACAUAACCAAAAGAAGUCGAAUAAGCCAAAGAAGAACACAAACAUUGUCCUAAAGUUAAAAUCCAAUGAGUCAAUUAACAAUCAAAGUGAGUUCAAGCCUAAAAUAGUGUCUAAUAAGGAAUCGCAUAUAAAACCUGCUUUUAAGAGAGGACCUAAGAAUCUUAAAGCUGACAAUCCAAUCUUUAAGUAAA